AUGGCCGCCAGUUCCUCUCUCGACCAUCUGAGCAACCGUAUGAAGCUGGAGUGGCACUCCAAGCUCAACACGGAGAUGGUCCCCUCCAAGAACUUCCGCCGCACCUCCAUCAUCGGAACCAUCGGUCCCAAGACCAACUCCGCCGAGAAGAUUAACAUGCUCCGCAGAGCUGGUCUGAACGUCGUCCGCAUGAACUUCUCCCACGGUUCCUACGAGUACCACCAAUCCGUCAUCGACAACGCCCGCGAGGCUGCUCGCACCCAGGAGGGCCGUCCUCUGGCUAUUGCUCUUGAUACCAAAGGACCUGAGAUCCGUACCGGAAACACCGUCGGCGACGCCGAUAUCCCCAUCAAGGCUGGCCACGAGCUGAACAUCACCACUGAUGAGCAAUAUGCUACUGCCAGUGAUGACAAGAACAUGUACCUUGACUACAAGAACAUCACCAAGGUGAUUGCUCCCGGCAAGCUCAUCUACGUCGAUGAUGGUAUCCUGUCCUUCGAGGUUCUGGAGGUCGUCGAUGACAAGACCCUGCGCGUCAAGUGCUUGAACAACGGCAACAUCUCCUCCCGCAAGGGUGUCAACUUGCCCGGUACUGAUGUCGACCUUCCCGCUCUGUCCGAGAAGGAUAUUGCCGACUUGAAGUUCGGUGUCAAGAACGACGUCGACAUGGUCUUCGCUUCCUUCAUCCGCCGCGGCAGCGACAUCCGUCAGAUCCGUGAGGUCCUCGGCGAGGAGGGCAAGGAGAUCCAGAUCAUUGCCAAGAUUGAGAACCAGCAGGGUGUCAACAACUUCGAUGAGAUUCUUGAGGAGACCGACGGUGUCAUGGUUGCCCGUGGUGAUCUUGGUAUCGAGAUCCCCGCCCCCAAGGUCUUCAUCGCCCAGAAGAUGAUGAUCGCCAAGUGUAACAUCAAGGGUAAGCCCGUCAUCUGCGCCACCCAGAUGCUCGAGUCCAUGACCUACAACCCCCGCCCCACUCGUGCUGAGGUGUCCGACGUUGCCAACGCCGUUCUCGACGGUGCCGACUGUGUCAUGUUGUCCGGUGAGACCGCCAAGGGCUCCUACCCCUCCGAGGCCGUCAAGAUGAUGUCCGAGACCUGCUUGCUCGCCGAGGUUGCCAUCCCCCACUUCAACGUCUUCGAUGAGCUCCGUAACCUUGCUCCCCGCCCCACCGACACUGUUGAGUCCAUCGCCAUGGCCGCCGUCAGCGCCAGUCUGGAACUCAACGCUGGUGCCAUCGUGGUCCUGACCACUAGCGGCCAAACCGCUCGUUAUGUCUCCAAGUACCGCCCCGUCUGCCCCAUCAUCAUGGUCUCCCGCAACGCCAAGGCUUCCCGGUACUCCCACCUGUACCGUGGUGUCUGGCCCUUCCUCUUCCCCGAGAAGAAGCCCGACUUCAACGUCAAGAUCUGGCAGGAGGAUGUUGACCGCCGUCUCAAGUGGGGUAUCAACCACGGUCUCAAGCUCGGCAUCAUCAACAAGGGCGACAACAUCGUCUGUGUCCAGGGCUGGCGCGGUGGCCAGGGCCACACCAACACCGUCCGUGUGGUCCCUGCUGAGGAGAACCUUGGCCUGUCUGAGUAA